ACAAUACCCUUUCACUGGUGAGGUCAUGCUGAUGUCACUGCAAACUCGCGUCUUAUAUAGGGCCGAAUGUAUCCGGCUCAUCAUCUUUUUUUUGUUUCAACCAGAUCAAGAACAGAACACACGAUAAUACUCUUUGAUAAUUAUUCCAAGCAAGCCACUAUGCCUCAACUAGUCCCCACGGCCAACCAUCUCGCGGACCUUUUCAGCCUUAAGGGCAAGGUGGUGGUCAUUACCGGCGCCUCCGGUCCCCGCGGUAUGGGCAUCGAAGCCGCGCGGGGUUGCGCCGAAAUGGGCGCAGACGUCGCUAUCACCUACGCUACCCGACCCCAAGGUGGUGAGAAAAAUGCGAAGGACCUUGCUGAAACCUACGGCGUCAAGGCCAAGGCCUACAAGUGUGACGUGGGCAACUACGAGAGUGUCGAGAAGGUCGUCAAGGAUGUUUUGGCGGAAUUUGGUCGCAUCGACGCCUUCAUUGCCAACGCGGGUCGUACGGCAAACAGUGGAAUCCUUGACGGCUCCGUCAAGGAUUGGGAGGAGGUUGUGCAGACCGAUCUGACGGGGACCUUCCACUGUGCAAAGGCCAUCGGCCCACACUUCAAGGAGCGAGGCUCUGGCAGUCUCGUCAUUACGGCUAGUAUGUCCGGUCACAUCGCCAAUUUCCCACAGGAGCAAACCUCAUACAACGUUGCCAAAGCUGGAUGCAUUCAUUUGGCAAGGUCUCUGGCCAACGAGUGGAGGGACUUUGCCCGAGUCAACAGUAUCUCGCCUGGAUAUAUCGAUACCGGACUGUCGGAUUUUGUCGACCAGAAGAUUCAGGACCUCUGGCUGUCUAUGAUCCCCAUGGGACGCAAUGGAGAUGCAAAGGAACUUAAGGGCGCGUACGUGUAUCUGUGCAGUGACGCCAGCUCAUACACGACCGGCGCUGAUAUCCGGAUUGAUGGGGGAUACUGUGUUCGGUAAUACAUUGGAACUGAUGUACUCUGGGUCCUUUAUCCAUUAAUAAUAAAUCCAAUCAUGCACCCUUUCGCUUUUUGAAUUUGUAUCCAGCCCCUCUUUCCAAACCUUGUCAUCACACGUUCUAGGCCCGCGCUCUAGUCCAAGCCAUCAAUUAGUUUCCAGAUAUGAUCGUAUUUGGAAGUAUUGAUUGCCAUGUGCUCUUUGAGUGGUAACCGGUAUUCGGGGAGCUCACCUGCUGCACAUAUGCGGACCACGCCAACUUGACUAUAUUGUACUUGAAAUAUACUUCUUCGCCACCUUUAGAGAGAGAGUUUUCCAUGGAAUUCUUCAAGUCUCCAGCUUAGCAAGUCGCCG